AUGAGGUUGUUGAAGGUUGCUACCUGCAAUUUAAAUCAAUGGGCCAUGGAUUUCUCUCAUAACCUAAAUAACAUUAAGGAGUCGAUAGUUAGGGCAAAAGAAGCGGGAGCUAAAAUUAGAGUUGGGCCUGAGCUCGAGAUCACUGGCUAUGGGUGUGAAGACCACUUCUUGGAAAAUGAUACUACUUCCCACGCGUGGGAGUGUUUGAAAGAGAUUCUAACUAGUGAUUUAACAGAAGGCAUACUAUGCAGCAUUGGUAUGCCAGUUAAUGAGGGAGCUGUGCGUUAUAAUUGUCAGGUAUUCUGCUUAAACAGAAGAAUACUUAUGAUACGACCGAAAAUGUGCCUCGCUGAUGAUGGAAAUUACAGAGAACCAAGAUGGUUCUCAUCAUGGAAACGUAAACCCCACCUUGUUGAUUUCAAACUUCCUGUUGAAAUUUCGGAGGCAAUAUCGCAAACCACUGUUCCUUUUGGUCAUGGGUAUCUUCAGUUUUUGGACACAUCAGUUGCUGCUGAAAUUUGUGAAGAGCUCUAUACACCAAAUGCUCCUCGUGUUGAGCUUGCAUUGAAUGGUGUUGAAGUGUUCAUUAAUGCGAGUGGAAGCCAUCAUCAACUGAGAAAAUUGAAUGUCCGCAUGGACUUUAUUAAAAAUGCAACAUGCACCUGUGGAGGUGCUUACAUAUACAGCAAUCAACGAGGCUGUGAUGGUGGUCGCCUCUAUUUUGAUGGAUGUGCCUGUGUUGCUAUAAAUGGAGACGUGGUUGCACAGGGAUCCCAGUUUUCUCUUAAGGAUGUUGAAGUUGUAACUGCACAAGUCGAUCUAGAUGCUGUUGUCAGCUAUAGAGGCUCAUUUAGCAGUUCGAGAGAGCAAGCAAGUAAUGCACCUGAAGUUCCCCAUGUGAUGAUUCCUUACAAACUUUGCCAGCCCUUUAGCUUUCAAGACUUCCCCUCUAUUCCAAUUAAGAUCCGUUAUCACUCCCCAGAAGAGGAGAUAGGCUAUGGACCUAGUUGCUGGCUAUGGGAUUAUCUUAGAAGAAGUGGAGCUUCUGGGUUUUUGCUUCCACUUUCAGGUGGUGCUGAUAGUUCUGCUGUGGCUGCUAUUGUUGGAUGCAUGUGUCAACAUGUAAUAGAAGCAAUCUUCAAUGGAGAAGAACAAGUCAAAGCUGAUGCAAUACGAAUUGGUCAGUACAGAAAUGGAGAGUUUCCAAAAGAUAGCAAAGAGUUUGCGAAACGCAUUUUUUAUACUGUUUUUAUGGGAUCGGAAAAUAGUUCUGAGGAGACAACAAUGAGGGCAAGGGUUCUGUCAGAUGAAAUUGGUUCAUGGCAUAUUGACCUCAAGAUUGAUAAUGUUGUAUCUGCCCUGAUCUCCGUGUUCCACUCACUUACUGGGAAGCGUCCUUUUUAUAAGGUUGAUGGUGGUUCAAAUACUGAGAAUCUGGCACUACAAAACAUUCAAGCUAGAGUAAGGAUGGUGAUAGCUUUUAUGUUGGCAUCACUUAUGCCUUGGGUUCAAAGUAAAUCUGGAUUUUAUCUUGUAUUGGGGAGUUCCAAUGUUGAUGAAGGACUGCGUGGCUACUUGACUAAGUAUGAUUGCAGCUCAGCCGACAUAAAUCCUAUUGGGAGUAUAAGUAAGCAGGAUUUGCGGUCAUUUCUCCGGUGGGGAGCCAAAGCUUUGGAGUAUCCAUCUUUGGCUGAUAUUGAAGCAGCUCCUCCAACUGCCGAACUUGAGCCUAUACGUACAAAUUACACUCAGUUGGAUGAAGUGGACAUGGGGAUGACUUACGAGGAGCUAUCAGUAUAUGGACGCUUGAGGAAGAUCUUCCGAUGCGGACCUGUCUCAAUGUUUCAGUAUCUGUGCCAGAGGUGGUAUGGGCGACUUGCGCCUUCUGAAGUUGCUGACAAAGUCAAAUACUUCUUCAAAUAUUAUUCCAUGAAUAGGCACAAGAUGACUGUCUUAACACCUUCUUAUCAUGCCGAGAGCUAUUCACCGGAAGAUAACAGGUUCGAUCUUCGCCAAUUCUUAUAUAACACGAGAUGGCCUUUCCAAUUCCAAAAGAUUGAUGAACUAGUGAAAGAAAGUGAGGCUCAAAAGGCCACUUCGCCUCGAAGCAGUGGGCCUACUGAUGCAGAAGCAGCCGCUGCCCAUGGAAGUGGUAUGGGAGUGGCCGCUGCCGGCUCUGGAAAUCCAAAGGUUGGCCUCUAACGAUGUUUUGUAGUUGGUCUCAGAAGAGAAAAUCAUACUCAUUUUUCUCUCCUUUUUUUUUUUUGGUAUAAGCUAGAAGAUUGUCAUGUGGGAGAACAUUAUUCGUUCACUCCCUCAUAAAACUAGGACUAUUUUUUAGGACCCCAAUUCUUGGGAUUGGAACCUCUAGUGACCAGCCUCAAUUAACAAUAAAUAAGGUUUAUAUAA